UCGACGGACGGUUGACUCGGUCUCAGCGGGGAGGCUCAGCAUGGCCCCAGGCUCGCUUGUGGCGGCCUGCCGCAGCCUGGCCCUCUCGACGUGGCUGCUCUCCUUUUGCUUCGUCCACCUGCUAUGCCUGGACUUCACCGUGGCCGAGCGGGAGGAGUGGUACACCGCCUUCGUCAACAUUACCUACAAGGACCCGGCCACCUCGGAGCACCGCUCGGAGAAGACUGAGUGCGGCCGUUACGGGGAGCACUCACCAAAGAGGGAGGCCAAGGGGCUGGUGGUCCUGCCCGCGGCCCCGCACGACCGCCAGGCCUGCGACCCCAACACCCGGUUCGCGGUACCCGCUCAGGCCGAGGCCUGGAUCGCACUCAUAGCCCGGGGCAACUGCACCUGCAAGGAAAAGAUCCGCCACGCUGCGGCGCAAAACGCAUCGGCGGUUGUCAUCUUCAAUGUGGGGUCCACGAAUGCCAACGACACCAUCACCAUGCCCCAUUCUGGCACAGGGGACGUGGUCGCCAUCAUGAUCCCGGAGCCAAAAGGACGUGAGGUGGUGUCGCUGCUGGAGCGCAACGUGACGGUGAACAUGACGAUCACCAUCGGGACGAGGAACCUGCAGAAGUACGUGAGCAGGACGUCGGUGGUAUUCGUCUCCAUCUCCUUCAUUGUGCUGAUGAUCAUCUCCCUCGCCUGGCUCGUCUUCUACUACAUCCAGAGGUUCCGAUACGCAAACGCCAGAGACAGGAACCAGCGUCGUCUUGGCGACGCGGCAAAGAAGGCCAUCAGCAAGCUGCAGGUCCGCACCAUCAGGAAGGGCGACCAGGAGACGGAGGCCGACUUUGACAACUGUGCCGUCUGCAUCGAGGGCUACAAGGCCAACGAUGUGGUCCGCAUCCUGCCCUGCAGACAUUUGUUCCAUAAAAGCUGCGUGGAUCCAUGGCUGCUGGACCACCGCACAUGUCCGAUGUGCAAGAUGAACAUCCUUAAAGCCCUGGGCAUCGCUCUCAACGCAGACUGCCUGGACGACCUACCACUGGACUACGACCUGGCCCUGGGUGGCAUCGGUGGCGUGGGUGGGGUGGGUGGAGUCGGGGCCUUGGCCUUGGAGGCUGUGGUGUCCGGGGCAUCCAGUGAUGGCACACUGAGUGAGAACAGCUCCUCUGUGGUGCUGGACCCUGGGGUUCGACGGGUGGGACUCCCUCAGGACUACCAGGACCCUGAUACUCUGAGAGACAGUCCGUUGACGGCCACCACCGAUACACACACAGGUGAGCGUCAGCCAAUGGCGAGCAGCUCCUCAGUGGCGUCAUUGGUUAUUGCCGUGGAAACCGGUCUAUCGGACGAGGAGGGGUCCAUGGAGCAGUCUCAGCUGGGGGACAAAUCCUGAGAGGAGCUCCAAAGAACCAAACCAGAAGCUGGGACAAACCUCAGACCUCAAUGGACCAGAAUUGAAACCAGAUCCGAACCAAACCUGCCUAAGACUGACUACAUUUUUCCCAUGCUAGGCCCUGGACCUGGUUCUGGUUUGGACUGGUUCUAAGUGGAAGCCAAACGGAAGCGGUAUCGUUUUUUUGUUUUCCUCCUAAAACCACACCUACUUGUCUGGACCUGAGUUGAACUCAAGCCACGCUAGAACCAGGGUUUUCAAUUUCAAAACAGGUCUUUGUGUUUUGGAUUCUGGUUUGUCUUUGUUUCUAGUCCAAGUCCUCCAGGACACUAAUUGUGGUUAGACACAGGCCCUGGGAAAAGAGAGGUUUACCCUCGCAAGAAAAAUUUCCAUGGGACAGGAAGUGUCAUCAGAUGUUAUUAAACUCUUGUUCAUGCUGUUUGUAGAACUCAACCGUUCUUGGUCCAACACAUCUGUGACAAAUCCCAACCAGAGAGUUUCCUCCUGACCUGAAGAACAUGUGGGAUUCUGAGGAGUGACUGAAAUUAUCAGAGAUGAUCAAAAUCAUGUUGGCACUCGAGUGAAAGAGUUGACCCCAUCAGCGCCGGCUGCCAAAUGCAGAAAGAAAGCAAAGGUUCUUCUUCAGUGUCAAAUCUGCAGGACCUGGAUUAACAAAUACUUCAGACCCCACAUUUAUUUGUUGUUUUUCAAGUGUGUGUGAAUUUGGGAUCUUGGUUUAGGUCUGAGUGCUCUUGUUUGGGAAUAUUCCAGGGAAAAGGAGAUGCGUGGAGUGUUCUCUUCUUGUCCUGGUCAGAUUCUCAGAAGAGUAAGCUACUGAUGUGUCAAGCUUCUUGACGUGACAGACUUGUUUUUAGGAGGAUGGCCUUUAUUUUGAAAGGACAUACCAGCCACUUGGAGCAGUGGGCGGGGCUUUUUCUUCUCUCUCUUUUAGCGUUGUUUGUGUCCUGGCAGUAUUAGAGCUCCAGUAUUGAUGGAAACAACAGUGUUCUGGUUCCGUCUGUAGAUUUCUCGUCUUCUUUUAUUCAAUUUUGACGUUUUAUUUCGUCUGAAGAAGAUGCCGGUUAUCCAGUUGUAAGGUUGCUCAUUUCACAAGAAACGUCAUGUAGGUUUUCGUCAUGAGGCGAUAGGCGGGGUACACCCUGAACAACUCGCCAGUCCAUUGCAGGGCCACACACAUGGAAACAAACAACCAUUCACUCUGAAUUUAGAGUGUCCAAUUUACCGAAUCCCCAUAUUGCAUGUUUUUGGACUGUGGGAGGAAGCCGGAGAACCCGGAGAAAACCCACGCACACGGCGGAGAACAUGCAAAUUACAUGCAGAGAGGCCCUUGCUGCAAAGGCAAGAGUGUUAACCACUACACCGACCGUGUGGCCGGUUACCAAACUCAAUACCUUAAAAUAUAACCAAUUGAAUUCUGAAGGCUACCACCGACUACCAGUUCGUGUUUAGGGUUAACCCUAACCCCAGCAUGUGCCAAAUUAGCGAGGAGAGUUUUCCCAACUCAAACUACAUUUAGUCAAAUACCAAAAAAAUGCAACGCACCAAUAUUCAAUCAACUCACACUUUCGCCGUUAGUCUUCCGUUGUUGACAUCUCUAUCUUUAUCAAGAAACGACUUCACCUCAGAUCGUGACAAGAAUCGAGGAUCCGAUCGCCAAACUCAAAAAAACCUUCGAAAGGCUGAGACAAGACGAUAUGACGAUCGCCAAAAUCACGUCAACUGCCGCUUAAAUUUCCACACAUGACGUCAAAAAAAAAAAACAAGCUGCAGCUUAAGUUCCUAAAAAAAAAAAGAAGAAGUCCACCCCAAGCCAAACACGUACGUAUAUAUAAAAAAAAAACAUCCCACAGUGGUGCAGAACGCGCAGAGCUUCAGAUGUAUCGCGGCAAUGCCGGUGCCGUGAGCUUCCCGAACCCAAGAGAGACAAGGAUUGUCGUCUAUUUUGAUACCAGAGGAGACGUUUAUUUUUGUAACAAAGACGUAGCAGCAGAGACUGAUUUCCCCCAGAAUCCCCUUGUUUUUCACGGCCUGAUGAAUCCCAAAUGUGAUUGAGGUUUAAAGUGUUGUUUAUUUGUGUAACUGCAGAUGUAGAACACAACAAACCUGGAAGAUACAAGUUGAAGCAAGAACUUUUUCCUUCUGUUUUUGGAACAAGCUGUUUCACAAGUUUAAAUAAAAGAUGUUAAAACAUCUAUUAAACUUUGAAGACGUCAUGUAACUUUAAAAACCGUAGUCUUUUUUCAGACAGGAGCUCCGGGUAAUGUUUUAGAGUUUCCUGUUAAAAAAUUCAUAAAACAGCAGGAGGUUUUUCUGGGUCAGACACGUACGCAACAGCAGGAGAAUUUCCAGAAGAUUCAGGUGAAGCAGGAGGAGGAACGACACUGAUACUAUCUGGAGUUUCUCCUGCUGUGUUCCCACAUGAACACCACCUGGAAUUUUGGAAGAAGGAGCUGGUUUAGAAGUUCCAGAAAACGAAAGCCGAGUAAAACCUGGCUUCAGGUCUGAAAGCAGCUCAUGACAGGAUUUACAGUCAGUUACUGUAUAUGUACAUAUUUCACUCCAAAGUUGUGGGUCCUCAGAGUUGGUUCAGGGUAUGAAGCUAUUCUAGUGUUGUGUUUUCACUCCCACCACUGAUUUUCACUUUCAGUCUUUUGAAAUGUUUGGUUUCAUUUCCCAUUUUUCCGCAGUUCCAACCAAAUACAAGCAAAGCGCAUUCAUUUAAAGCUUCCUCUCCGAUCAUUACAAAGUUGGAGGAUCAUUAGUUUUAUUUCUAGAGACUGAAGCUGCCGUGGCACUCUGGGAACUGAGCCUCAAAGACUAAAUGUUUGAUCCAACAAUUUCAUUUCAAGAAUUCACAGUUAACCUUCGUGUUAGUCGAGCCGAGUUUGUGUCACUUUGUAAACCGCCUCACUCUCCCGCACCAAACUCCAUAGAGAAAAUCAGCUAUUUUAACAUCACUGCACACAGGAGCUGUUGCCUUCAUCAGUAAGUUCAAAUGUGCCGUUUUUGUCACUUCUGUGUUUAAAAUCCUUCACUCCGAUUUACCGUGGUGGCACAGAAUUGCAGUGGACCAGCAGCUUCUGUGUCCUCGCGGGCUAAAAUCGCUUAUUUUCUCUAUGGACUCUGGUGUGGGAGAGAUACACAAACUUGAGUUUCCUGUUUGAAUAGUCUUGAACAGUGAGAGAAGGCAGCUGACAGCCACGCUUGUCUUCGGCUGUGUCUCAUUCCAGGGGGCGCUCUGGCUCCGACAGUGUGUCAUACAACCACAAUGGGUCAAAACAAUUUCAGUGUCUCACUGUUAAAAGAUAUCAAACGGCAUUAGCGACGACUUGUCUUCAGAACUACGACAGAGAAGUACAACCAUGACUUUCUAUCUCACGAGUUCUUAUGAAACCAUUCUGAAUAAAGCGUCACUUGACAUUGUACUUUAACCAGACGCUGAGAACGACCUCGGCGACCCCAGUGUCACUGCCAGUAAUGACGUCUGAUCCUUCCCUGUCCACCCGUUCUCUCGCUUUAAUGGUCGUUUCCCCUGAAUGCUGUGUUUUGAUUGGUUUUAUGCACUUUAACACAGUUUCUCUGGAAGGUUCUCCAAGUCUUGUCUCUGCUUUUGAAUUUAGUUUGUCUUUUCUUCUACUUCCCCCUAUUUAGUUUAUCCCUUUCAGUUUUUUUUAGUAAAUCUUUCAGUUAAAAAUAAGAUUUUGUGAACCUACGAAAAAAAGGACCUUAAAUGUUUUGUAGAGUUUUUAAAAAAGGGAAAAAAACGUAACAAAAGACUAAACUUUCAGACCCUUCCAGGGAGACGGAGAGAGUUUAGAGUUGGUAUUUUGUCACCAUGGCGGCGCCCUCCGACUGCCAUGACGACGAGGUGUGACGUAGGUUUUAUUUUGUGCGUUUGUCUACGGAGUGUCUGUUUGUGCGACCGUCCUGUGCACACAAACGCACGCACCCAUGUACACGUGUAAAUACAAAGUGGUAUGAUGCCAUGUUGUUUGUGUUUCAGUUUGUUUGCACGUGUUCUGAUUCAGGACAGAAUUCAAAUAAAAGUUUCCGGCAGUUUA